ACCGAGCCGCGGUGCGAUGCGGAGGAGCCGAGGGCAGCGCGGGCCGCCGGGCGGCGGGAGAACAGGGGCGCUCCGCGGCUUUCAGAUGGAGAAAAUGGAACUGAUGAAAAAAGAAAGGCUGGAAAAUCACCCACUGCAUCACUUCAGACCCCUACCAGUGAAAUGGAGUAUUUUGAUGAACGGAAAAAAGUUGAUCUUGAUAGGACCAAGAGCACCACAGAUAGUCCAGUCCUGACAAGCAAGAGUGACUCCAAGAUUGAAAGAAAAAAACGUGCCUCAAAUCAGCUGAAGGCAAAUGCACACUUUCAUAAGCUGUUUCUAGAUGUUCCCAUUGAUGAGCCGCUGAAACAAAGCUUUACAUGUGCUCUGCAGAAAGAAAUUCUGUACCAAGGAAAGUUAUUCAUUUCUGAAAACUGGAUUUGCUUCCAUUCCAAGGUCUUUGGUAAAGACACUAAGAUUAGUAUACCUGUGCUGUCAGUGACACUUCUGAAGAAAACCAAAACUGCCCUUCUUGUGCCAAAUGCUCUGAUCAUAGCAACAGUGACAGAUAGGUACAUGUUUGUCUCACUACUCUCCAGAGAUACCACCUACAAGCUAUUAAAAUCUAUCUGUAUACAUCUUGACGAUACAAGCAUGGGCAACAGUCCAAAUCCCUCUUCUGCAGAAAACAGCUUCAGGGCUGAUCGCCCUAGAACUCUGCCCCUGGAUUUCACUGAAGAUUAUUCUGAUCUGGAUGGAAUAGUGCAGCAGCGAAGACAAGAGAUGGAAGAAUCCAGCAGCACAGGCUCGCAGACACCAGAGCUGGAGUGCUUCCAAGAUUAUCACGUUGUUGAAACAGAGACUCAUUUGAAAGUUUCCAAGCCUGAGGCCAAGUCUGUUCGUUCAGAUGCACAUAGUAAACGUGGGCCUGAUGGAAAAGCCCGAAACAGUCCUCGAAAUGGCCACUCUGAAGCCUUCAGGUUCCUCCACAAAGUGAAGUCCCAGAAGCUCUUAUCUCUGAACCAUGUACUUGUAUUUUAUGCAAUUCUUGUUUGUGUUUUAAUACUUUCUACCUUCUACAUGAGAUAUAAAAUCAGUGUCCUGGAGGAACGCCUUAUGUCCAUGACAGCCUUUGAUUCACAUAUUAAGGAAUACAGAGCAACUUACAAAAACUACUUGAAGAUGGUGAAUGAAACAUCAGUGUUCUUGGACUGCUUCAGACCUCAUUCUUCUGUCUUGACAAACUGUUCCAAAGGAGCUCUGCUGGCCAGAGUUCAAGCUUCUUUAUUUUCAGUCCAAGCCAAGCUUAAACUACUGUAAAGCUCAUGUCAUAAUGCAAAAAACUCAGUUGAUUCUUCAGCAUGUAUCUAUAUAUUUUGCAAACAUAUGGUUUGGUCUACAUGUAUCUAUGUUUUAAAAAUGUGGGGAUUUUUCUUUCUCUGUUGUGUGUGAAUUAAUGGAUUUUAUAGCUUG